AUGGCUCGAACCCUGGGCCCUGGGCCCAGCAGUGCUGCUGCCAGCAGCAAACAGGACCCCAGCUCUGCCAGCAUCUUCUCGCCAGGGGCCCCCACAGGCCUGCAGAGCUCAAGUGCCCAGCUGUCUGUGAGCACAGUGCUCUCUCUGCAGACGCGCAAGGGGCUGUCUGAGGGGCUGUCCCUGGCUUGUCAUUCGGCCCUGUUCUCCCAAGGCCUGGGAAUGACGACCCGGAAGUCUAGACGGGCCACAGAUGAGGUUUCCCGAGAGCCUGCAGACAAGGGUGUGACCUUCACAGGCCCGGGCUCCUGUACCAACGGGAAGAAGCCCGCUGGUCACCCCAGUCAAGGCAACAGUGCUCCGCCGUCAGGUACCCCGUCAUCCAGAAGAGGAGCCAGCCGCGCAGCAGCCUCGGAAAGCCCGGAUGCAGACGCUGCCAUGCUCAGCCUCCGGGGCCUCCUCGCGGCACGCAGGAUCACCAGGGAGCUCAAGAACCGGACAUCCUCCAGAACAAAGUCGCGGCUCCAGUUGGACUGGCCCCGGCCCGUGAGCAUCAUCCAGGAACAGGUGCCCCUGUGGUCGGCCAGGCCAGAGGUGAAGUUCCCCUGCGUCCAGGCUCAGGAGCUGAUGCAGGCUCACCUGCCCUCCACGCUGGCGGGCGUGGCCUACCACCCCACCCAGUGCGCCCACCUGGCAGAAUCUCUGAGUGCGGAGAUCCGGGACCUGGUGAAGACGGUCACCCCGCCCCGCUACAAGCUGGUCUGUGCCGUCAGCAUUGGCAGCAAGGGGCAGGAUGACGUGACGGUCACCAGCCAGAGCCUGUGGGACCCGCAUUCAGACAGCUUCGCCACCUCCCAGUACGUGAGCCCCACGCUCUUCUGUGUGGCACUGGUGCAUGCUGUCUACUGGGAAUGA